AUGCUGAAAGACAAACAUUUCAUUAAUUGUCACCAAAAUUAUAUACAAAACAAUCAAACCGUUUGCGGCUUUCGGUCCAAUUGGCCCACAAGUGACAGAUCUCUGUCCACAAAGUCUGACAAUAAGACAACGAACACAAAGAGUGAUAACGAGGAAGAAGUAUCCAAACAAUUGAAGAGAUCCACUGAAACUAAGUUUAAGAAGUAUUCGGACGAAGACUCGCAAGUGAUUUACGACAUCACUGAAGAGCUCUCGUCCACCGCUACGGAACCGAUCCCUCACGAGUACGACAGCGAAGAGAUCUAUUUAUAUCAACAAAAGACAAAGAAGAGCGCAGACAAGGAGUUGAAGAGAGGAGUGACCGGUGUUUUCGAUGUCCAAGAAUUGGUUGAGUUGUUGCGAAGCGAAAACAUCAAAGACAUUGCGGUCAUUGAAGUGCCCAAAGAACUCAAUUACUGUCGAUAUAUGGUCUUAGGGUCGGCCGCAUCCAAACGGCACUUAAAUGCAUUUAUGGAGUAUUUCAACAAAGUAUACAAAGCGAAGAAACACGUGAAGGACCCCUUCCUCGAUAUCGGCGGUAAAAAAGCCGAAGACUGGAAAGUGGUUGAUAUGAAGAGCAUUGUUCUGCACCUCNAACACUAG